AUGAAGGUUGUUUGGGAACGAUUGAUCAGAUUCGUCGCCACUGAUGGGCGAACCCUAUAUGGAGAGCCUAUACUUCUUUCCCCAGACUUCGACCUGGGAACAACAACAGCUGAAAUCAAACUACAAGCUAAAGUAAUUGUUGGAUCCGAUAUUUACGAUGAAACGGGUGCCACAAGAAUUACGGACGAAGUAGUCACUGUCCAGAAACUGCUAGGACCUCUGACCCAGGAAGAUGUGCCCAUCUUGCGUUGUGUCGGCUUGAACUACAAAACACAUAUUCAAGAAACCGGCCGUUCACCUCCGCCCACACCAUCGAUCUUCUUCAAGCCAAACACAACAAUUACAGACCAUGAUUGCAACGUGGUAAUUCCCAAGAUAGCACAAGAUGAGCAAGCUGAUUAUGAGGGAGAACUAUGUCUCGUCAUCGGCAAAGACGCGAAAAACGUCACCAAAGAAGUAGCCCUCGACUAUGUCGCCGCACUCACAGUCGGAAACGACAUCUCCAGCCGCAAACUUCAAAUAGACAGGACCAUUGCCGGGCCAGUGCCUCAGUGGGGAUUUUCUAAAGGGUUCGACACAUUUGCACCUCUUGGACCAUGCUUGGUUCGCCGGGACGUAGUUGGGGACGAAACACAGCUCCGUCUGCAGACAAUUAUUGAUGGUGAAGUUCGUCAAGAUACACUUAUCUCGGACUUACUGUUUGGCUGUGCUGAGUUAGUUUCGUAUCUUUCGACUGGAACAACACUCCAGAAGGGGAGUGUCAUUAUGACUGGAACACCUGGCGGUGUUGGAAAUGGUCUGAAGCCUCCCAAAUUUCUUCGGCCCGGAAACCGAAUGGAGGUUAGGGUCAGUAAGAUUGGGACGUUAAGGAAUGGCGUUGAGUUCGAAUGA